AUGACACCAACUAGUAAUUUAAAAAAUCAUCAUAUCUCAAUAUUACAUUAUUGGAACAAAGGCAUACGAUCUGCUUGUGUUAUUCAUCGGGAAACAAAUAUUCCACGGAGUGCUAUCUAUUACAAUAUCAACAAAUUGAAACAAACAAAUUCACUUAAACAUCGAGGUGGAAAUGGUAGACCACGUGUACUUAGUGGGAUAGAAAAAAAAGCUAUUGAUCAAUAUAUUCGACGUAACAAUGAAAUAACCCUUAAAGAAAUAAAAGAAAAAUUAAUGAAAACGUAUCAUUCAUCAGUAUCUACACCAACAAUACAUCGUCAUCUUCAUGAAUAUGGUUAUAGAAGUGUUUUACCAAAAAGUACUCAUAUGUUAAAACCUGAUGAAAACCGACGACGUGUACAAUGGGCUAAACAACAUGAAAAUGAUGAUUUUUCACGCACAAUUUUUACAGAUGAAUCUUCAUUUCAACUCUUUCGUAAUACUAUUCGUCGUUGGACAAAAUAUCCAAAAAAUGAAUCAAAAUGUGUACCUAAAAAUCGUCAAAAAGUUCAUGAUUGGGGUGCCGUGAGUGUGAAAGGUGUAUUGACCUGUCACACAUUCAGAUGUAAUCUUAAUGGUCCAUAUUAUGCUUAUAUACUUAAAAAUUUUCUUUUUCCUGCUGCUCGGCGAUAA